AUGCGGCCGCAAACCAGUAUCAAGUGGUUGUUCUUCGCGGCGACGUUGACCGUAACGCUUGCUACGUUUGGGAAAGAGCAUGUGCAUAUAAGAAUCCACUUGCCGGAACCGGUCCACCACGAAGAAACAAAAGUGAUUAAGUACGAGGAUCACGGUGGACACGGACACGGUCACGGCGGAGGAGGCGGGGGUGGCGGACAUGCUAUAAUAGUCACUUCACCCAGCGGUCCCGGAGGUCACGGCGGAGGAGGAGGAUUCGGUGGUCAUCACGGAGGUGGAUUCGGAGGUGGUUUCGGAGGCGGCCAUGGAGGUGGCGGCGGUUUUGGAGGUGGUCACGGGGGAGACAUAAUAAUAUCUGAUGGUGGUGGCGGUCAUGGUGGUUUCGAUGAUCAUCAUGGCGGUGGAGGAUUCGGCGGAGGAGGUUUUGGCGGAGGUGGUUUCGACGAUCAUCACGGUGGAGGAGGAUUCGGAGGCGGUGGAGGUUUCGGAGGCGGCCACGGAGGUGGCGGUGGUUACGGAGGUGGACACGGCGGAGACAUAAUAAUAGCUGGAGGUGGAGGCGGUGGCGGUCAUGGUGGUUUCGAUGACCAUCAUGGCGGUGGAGGUUUUGGCGGAGGAGGUUUCGGCGGAGGUGGUUUCGACGAUCAUCACGGUGGAGGAGGAUUCGGAGGCGGUGGAGGUUUCGGAGGCGGCCACGGAGGUGGCGGCGGUUAUGGAGGUGGACAUGGAGGAGAUGUAAUAAUAGCGGGUGGCGGUGGCGGUCACGGUGGUUUCGACGAGCAUCACGGCGGUGGAGGUUUCGGCGGAGGUGGUUUCGGCGGAGGUAGUUUCGGCGGAGGUGGUUUCGACGAUCAUCACGGUGGAGGAUCGUGUUACGACGGUGGAGGAGGUCACGGUGGUGGCUAUGGUGGAGGCGGCAUAGAACACCAUGCCGUUAGCAACGCUAUAUCUUCCGGAUUUGGUAGCAGCGGACAUGGUGGCGGUGGCGGCGGAUACAGUUCGGGCGGUGGCUACGACUCGUAUUCGAGUGGACAUGGAGGCGGUGGUGGCGGAGGUCACGGUGGCGGUGGAUUCUCUGGUUACCAUAAGAAGAAAUAG